GUAAACAGACAUGGCGCUGUGCGGAGCAGCCUUGCGCUUCUACAGGUUCAGCUCCCGGGUCGGAGUCAGGUCGUUGUCCGAGCAGACGUCGUCCAGACCCGGCGGCAGCAGCGGAGCAGAGACCGCGGGGGACCAUGUCCUCUACACACAGGAGCACUUUGCACUGAGGGACUCCCUCAGGAAGAUCAUCGACCAGGAGAUCAACCCCCAUGUAGAUCAGUGGGAAGCAGAGGGCAAGUUUCCAGCCCACAAAAUCUUCAAAAUCUUAGGUAGUGCCGGCUUCCUGGGAGUCAACAAGCCAGUCGAAUAUGGAGGCAUGGGUCUGGACUACAGCUACAGCGUCGCAGUGGCAGAGGAGCUGGGCAACAUCCACUGCGGAGGCAUCCCCAUGGCCAUCGGCGUUCAAACUGACAUGACUACUCCUGCGUUGGCCAGGUUUGGUUCAGCUGAGCUAAAGCAAGAGUUCCUCCUUCCCUCCAUCACAGGGGACAAAGUGGCCUGCCUCGGAGUUAGUGAAGUUGGAGCUGGCUCUGAUGUUUCAAGUAUUAAGACCAAUGCGGUGAGGAAAGGGGAUGAAUAUGUGAUCAACGGCGGCAAGAUGUGGACCACCAACGGCACCCAGGCGGACUGGAUGUGCCUCCUUGCCAACACUAGUGACGGGGCCCCCCACAAGAACAAGUCUCUCAUCUGUUUGCCCAUGAACCUGCCAGGAGUGCACAUUGCCCGCAAGAUUGACAAACUGGGUAUGUGGUCAUCGGACACAGCGGAGGUUUUCUUCGAUGAUGUCCGUGUGCCCUGCAAGAACAUCAUCGGUGAGGAAGGCAUGGGCUUCACCUACCAGAUGCUUCAGUUCCAGGAAGAGCGGCUGUGGGCAGUGGCCAAUAUCCUGACAAUGAUGGACAACGUCAUUCAGGCCACCAUCAAGUACACGAAGCAGAGGAAGAUCUUCAAGCAGCCUGUCCUCCACAACCAGGUGGUUCACUUCAGGUUGGCUGAGCUGCAGACAGAGGUUGAGCUCCUCCGCUCCCUCCUCCACUGCGCUACAGCAUUGUACAUCAAAGGUAAUGAUGUCACCAAGUUGGCAUCCAUGGCCAAAUUGAAGGGGGGUCGUCUGGCCAGAGAACUGGGCGACAGCUGUCUCCAGUUCUGGGGAGGGAUGGGUUUCACCAGUGAAGUGAUGGUCAGCAGAUUUUACAGGGAUUCCCGGUUAAUGUCGAUUGGUGGAGGGGCUGAUGAGGUCAUGCUGGGAAUCAUAUGCAAAUACAUGGACACGCUUCCCAGGAAGUGAUGUCAUCGACAGCGGUCACAGAGACUGAUGCUGCAGCUCUGCUCAUAAUGAGCUAAUUGUUGACACUGACUAACAGAUCACCUAAGUGCAGUCCUGAUUCUCUUCAACUCGGUUUGCCUUUGUUCUAACAAAACUGGUCUGAAUGAAACUCAUGUGCUCAAACAAAGAAUAAUGAAGUUUAUUAGGGCAUUUGUAGUGUGGCAUGUCAAAGUUUGAUUAAUAUUUAAUUCUAAGACUAAACUUAUUUUUAAAUAGAUGAGCUAAGUUGUGUGUAUAAAGUGGCUGUGUAGAUAAAUUACCUGUCUGUGACAAAAA